GAACACAAUUAGCAAUUACUUCAUAGAUAGCUGUGUUAAUAACUACACAUUUUGUAAGUUCAGGUAGUAGGUUAGACAUUUGAAGAAUUUUUUUUUCAACCAUUAUCUGACAAUUAAUAUAUUUCUUUUCUGAGUAAUUUGCCGUGUGUUUUUAUUUUUAUUUUAGCAUAGCUCGGGGGUUAGCUGUUAGCUCGUUAGCAUUAGCAGGUAUCUUAUCUUCGAAGAUGGCCACCGGGAAGAUGUGCUUUAAAAAAAGCAAAGAGGAAACAACCGAGUGGACAGGAUUGUUUCCGAACGACCUGAAGACGAAAGAGGGCUCCCUGGUCUUCGUCAAGAGGAUGAUGGCGGUGGCCGUGUCCUCCAUCACUUACCUCAGGGGCAUCUUCCCUGAAGAUGCUUACCGCUCCAGAUAUUUGGAAGAUCUGUGCAUCAAAGUUCUGCGUGAGAACUGCAGCACCCCGGGACCCAGCAAAGUUGUAAAAUGGUUGAUCGGCUGUUUCGAUGCAUUGGACAAACACUAUCUCCAAGUUGUCUUCAUUGGGGUGUACACCACUCCGGAUGAACCGAAUUGCAUUAUCGAGUCCUACAAUUUCAAAUUCAAGUACACUGAUGAGGGCCCAGAGAUGGACGUACUCAGUAAGAACGGUGUGGAGGUGCACGUCCCCAUGGAAGACACCAAGAGCGCCUGUGUGCUGCUCAUCCGGAAGCUCUUCCUGCUCAUGCAGAACCUCAACGCCCUCCCCAACAACAUCCACAUGACCAUGAAGCUCUACUACUACGAUGACAUAACUCCCGCUGACUACGAGCCGCCGGGCUUCAAGGAGGGGGAAUGUGACAGCCUGUGGUUCGAAGGCACGGCCGUGCAUUUCACCCUGGGUGAGGUCCAGACCACCUUCCACACCUUCCAAGUGCGGGUGUCUGCUGAGCAAGGUCGCCUGGAGAAGCUUCAGGACCAAAAACAUGUGGAGGAGGUGAAGCUGCCUCCUCGUUUGAAAAGAGACGUCAGCAAAACCACCACACAGGGCCCCUUCAAGAUAAUUCCCAAUGACCUGCCCUCUGACGAUGAGUCUGCACAGUUCAAAAAACCCACUAAACCUCUGGUCAAGAGAAGUACAGCACGCACAAAGCCACCAAAACAGAGAAGAAAAAGAGUGUAACUGCACAAUUCACCAAAAAUAUGUCCAAACGAUAAUUACAAACUACAGUUUCUUCAUUUUAUUGUUUACUGUAUCGUUACGUUAUGCUUGAUUUAAAUCUUUUCUUUUUCUUGUAGUCUGUUACAAUGUUAAUGGGACUUUUCAUACGGUAACAUUGUUUUGGUGUUCAAUUGUUCUGU